AACAAGAAACUUGAGUCUGCCUUGGUUGGUUCCUUGGAAGAAAAAUGGUGUAACGUUAAUCAAUGGGUUCAAUGGCGCAAAGUGUUUUAAUGGCAGUCACCGUAACAGUCAACCAAUUCGCUUCUUCAAACGUGCAUGUCGUUCAUAGGAAACAAGGGAAAUCUCCAUCCGCCACCUCUAAACCAAAAUCAAUUACAGCCGCCGUAAUGACAAGGAGAGACCUCGUUUUAUCCGCCGUGGCUUCCGCUCCCCAGCUCAGCGAUUCCGGAACCCAGCUUCUCAAAAGAUAUUUGAAGAAAUCGGACGAAAACAAAGCCAAGAACGACAAAGAGAGGAUGGAGAACUAUUACAGGCGGAACUACAAGGAUUACUUUGAAUUCGUGGAAGGGACACUGAAAGGGAAGGAGGAGCAGCAGCUAACUGAAGCAGAAAAGGGUAUUCUCGAUUGGCUUAAAGCUAAUAAAUAGCCAAUUGAUUCAAUCCAUCAAUCUUUCAUUACGUGAAGAUUCCAGUCGUUACAUAAUCCUCUCCUUACGCAGAGCGAAUCUUACGUGUAAUAGAUGAUUCCAUCUUUGAAUCCAAUCAUUAUUGUAAAUGUAUAGCUUGUAAAUGAACCUGAUUUUGUUUAUCA